AUGGAACCCGACCAGCCCAAAAGCCGUGUCGAGGAGCUGUUCCGAUUGUUUAAAUUCGAAAAGGUUCUCAAUGAAGAUCCAAGCCACCAUACGAUCAACUUGUUAGGCACGAUAGAACUCACCGACGAUGAACAGGCCACACGAAAGGCCCGAGACGAGGCUGAAGUUCCGUUGACAAAGACGGCAAUAAUGAUCAUCAAUAAAACCCAUUUCUCCAACCAGCUGGAAAUCUUAGAAAACAUCAACUCGCCAGAUCAGAUCCAAGACAUCAAAACCAUCGGCCAAAAUGAUGUGUAUCUCUGGUCUCUGGCCUGGUUCAAUCCACACCGGAAGUUGAUCGAGAACUCCCCCGAUCUCAAGGUCUCAAUGAUCUUCCCAGCUACUGAAGUCCAUAUCCGAAAGUAUUCAAAACAAAUCAACAAGAUAAUCAGAGAGACCCCAGAAUUAUACCAGCAAGUUGUCGCACCUUACAUCAGAAACAUACCGCCAACUCGCCUAUCAUGGCUAUAUAAUAUCCUCGAUCAUAUCACUGAGUCCGAUAAGAUUGUUUACGAAGAUCCAUCGGAAACCGAAGGCUUUAUGAUCAUCCCCGACUUAAAAUGGGACCAGACCACGCUUUCCUCGCUGUACUUAUUGUGCAUUGUUAGAAACCGACAGAUCCAUAGUCUGCGUGACUUAUGUCCUAGCCAUCUAGGAAUGUUGAGGGCCAUCCGGGCCAGAGCUUCGGAAUCGAUCGAGAAGAAGUUCAAUGUACCCGCGCGAGAGUUGAGAAUGUUUGUGCAUUACCAACCUAGCUAUUAUCAUUUCCACGUCCACAUCACCCAUGUCAACCAUCUGGGGUUCCAAGGAAUCACAGCUGGACAAGCGCAUUUAUUGGACGAGAUCAUCGACAAUUUGGAGCUCGAACUCCAUCAACAAAGCCUUCAGACUUCUAGUCCUCCUCCUCUUUCCUCUUUCUAUCAAUCCAAGACUUUGACUUAUGCCCUUGGUUCUAAUCAUCCUUUGUUUGAGGGUUUAUGGUCCCGUCAAGAAGUUUGA